UAGACGUAUUCAUGUUAUCGUGAUCGCGAAAGUUGAUUUCCUCGUUUGUACAAAAACUGAACUUUCCGUGUCAAAGAUUUUUCGCAAGACUAAACAAAUUCCCAGGUUGGACCACUGUUUCCUAACCCAGCACCAGUUUGAUGAACAAAAAUAUUGAUUCUAUAGAGGGAUUGUUUUCGAAAUGAGUUUUUGGGGGUGGCGAAAAGGAUGGGGGUCGUUAAAUCGGUAAAGAAAUGAUGCUUUUUCUGUUGUAUUUUAAUAUUUUUUGGUGCAGCCUGGCUGUUUUGUGUGUGUCGGUCAAGUGUACCACUGGUAUUUCUUCUAGAGACAAACAUUUACAGGAAAAGUUGAAUGAGUUUGAAAUUUCUAUUCAAAGAUUGCUCAGCCAUAAUGGAAGCUCCAAAACUAGCUCACAGCAGACGAGAGUAGUUGAUACUUCAUCUGGAAACGAGAAUCUGGAUUUACAAGUUAAAAGAGAUAAGAAAUUUGAAGAACGUUUAACGGGUACUCGGCGCGCGAUACCAGCAUCAAUUGACAUGGCGUAUCAACCACAAAAACAAAAUCCAAACGGUAAUCGUAAAAUUGUUUUUGAACAAGACGACGAGAGUGAAGAAACACAAGAGAAAAAUAAAACACCUCUCGGUAGAGAACAUAAUCCUCUGGACACCUCGGGAGACGAAGACCAUGAGAGUGAAGAGGAAAAGGAUUAUUCUACUGAUGGGAAAACAGAAAAUAAUCCAGUCAAAUAUGGCAAAAAUAAAAUCGAAGAUAAUAGCAAAAAAGACUUCGAAGAAACCUCGGGAGACGAAGAUCAUGAGAGUGAAGAGGAACUGAAGGGAUAUUCUACUGAGGAGAAAAUAGAAAAUAAUCCAGUCAAAUAUGGCAAAAAUAAAAUCRAAGAUAAUAGCAAAAAAGACUUCGAAGAAACCUCGGAAGGCGAAGAUCAUGAGAGUGAAGAGGAACUGAAGGAAUAUUCUACUGAAGAGAAAAUAGGAAAUAAUCCAGUCAAAUAUGACAAAAAUAAAAUCGAAGAUAAUAGCAAAAAAGACUUCGAAGAAACCUCGGGAGACGAAGAUCAUGAGAGUGAAGAGGAACUGAAGGAAUAUUCUACUGAAGAGAAAAUAGAAAAUAAUCCAGUCAAAUGUGGCAAAAAUAAAAUCGAAGAUAAUAGCAAAAAAGACUUCGAAGAAACCUCGGGAAACGAAGAUCAUGAGAGUGAAGAGGAACUGAAGGAAUAUUCUACUGAAGAGAAAAUAGAAAAUAAUCCAGUCAGAUAUGGCAAAAAUAAGAGCAAAAAUAACAGCGAAAAAGACUUAAUGAACUCUAAAACCGUGAAUGAAGUGGUUAUUCCUAAUGCUAUUGAUUUGGCAUUUAAUCCUAACGGUCCACAAAAUACUAGUCCUACGAGGACAACAACAGCAAAACCUACAACAUUAUAUUGGCCCCCAAUGACCCUGAGCAAUCCCACAGCAAAUCAAAUUUGCAGGUCCGCAAUAGACCUUGGGUUUCUGGUUGAAGCUUCUAAAAGUGUUGCACGCACGGGGACUGGUAACUACCGUCGGUUGAUUAACUUCAUCAAACACGUCGUUCUCAGGUUUUCCAUAGGUCCCACGGCCACGAGGAUUGGUGUGAUUUCGUAUGCGAACAGGCCCAUCUCACUAAUAGGCUUUAAUGAUGGAGAAAACAUCCUGGAUGUUCUUAAAUUCUUAAAUCUUCCGUGUCAUCACUGCUUGAAUGCGCAGACCGGACUAGCACUAUCUUUUGCACAUUCAUUUCUGUAUGGUUGCUCUUGCAGUCUGCGUCCGAGGGUAUUGGUUGUUGUUACAGAUGGAAGAUCAAGCGACGGUGUUCAUAUCCCUUCAAGAAUUCUCAAGCAAAAAGGCGUGAAAAUCAUAGCUGUUGGCGUUGGACGUUACUUCAACAUCCAUCAACUAAACGUCAUGGCUUCUCGUCCUGUACAGGACAACGUAUUCACGGGAGAUUUCAGUAAAAUCCACCACGUCACGAAUGAGCUUGUGCGACAAAUAUGUAAAGUUACAGACGGUUCUAUGGCCGUUCCUUCUAGCUCGUCUCCAUGCAGUUGUCCGUAAUUUUGUAUCAUUCUUCAAUACAAAGUGCAAAUUUCUUAAAAUCAUUCUCAGCCCACUUGCUUCGCUYGUAGUUGAGCAUAUACUCUUCCCUUGAAACAGGGUAGGGUAUUUGUUUUGAGCAUCGAGUUUAGAGCUGUUGCCCGGCCGGCUUUGGGUUUGUACCGUAUAUGAACGACAAGAAAAACCUUAGAAAAAAUUUCAUCUUUGAAAGCUUGUGUCAGACGCUUAUGUUGCCCUUGUCUUUAGAUGAUUUUUUUUGUAGGUGAACUGGAUUCGUUAAAAUAAAUGCAAAAACUGUUACAUAACGAAAGGGUUGAAGAUUGGUGUAGGGGUAUGAAAAGGGACUUGCAGAAAAGCUUGUAGCCUUGUUACUACACCAUAAAGUCAUUCUCAAUAAAACACACCGGAUCAUCGCCUGGAAACUCAAGAAGGUUUUGGUGGACGUCAAUCAAUGUUUUUCCAUGGCCUUGUCGGGAAAGAAACGUUUCAAGAGCGCAUGUAUACCUAUGGAAUGUCAUAGGAAUGACAAAACUGUGUCUUUUAUUAAAAAAUAAAUAGUAUGUGCCAGCAAA